AUGGAGACUGAGACUAGAGGGCUUGCAGUUUCCCCUCCGGUCUCGCCUGCCAUCGAGGCAAUGCCAACUUCUCGCAAGGAGUCUGAAGGAUUCGACAUCCUACUUCCUGCCUCGUCUGUCAUCGAUUCGACGCCAACUUCUCCCAGUGAGACCGAAGGACCAUCAACCCCUCCUCCUGCAUUGCCUGUCAUCGAGCCUAUAUCAUCUUCUCAACUCACCCUAGGCAUCUUGGAAGAAUCAGGUCAUCAGAUAGAGAAACCAGACGCACAGCCUCUUUGUGAGCCAUACCGCCAGCAGUUCCACCAUCCCGUGAUGAGAGAAGCUUUGAAAGCGCUUAUCGACAACACUAUCUCGGUUGUGGAGUACGGGAACCAGGUCCUUUACAGAUACGGAUAUGCAGAGGUACUGAUUCUUGUGGAGUGGGUUGUGCCCGAUGAACAAUUGCUGUUUGCCUCACAGGUGCUGCUCGAGAACAACUACCCUCGCCUUCUUAUCCCAGAGCAAAAGUGGCCUGGAUACUCUGCAUACUCUGGAUCCUGGGAAACCCGAUCCUUGAUGCACGACCUUGAUGGCCAGGGUUGGAUACGUGCCCAUCUUCUCCCUCUAUCAUUGGUUGGUUUCACCCUUGAUGAAACUGUUGAGGUCCCCUCGAUAUUUGCCCAUGAGCUCCACCUUUUCACUCCUAAACCUUCUCACUACAUGGCAUCCUUGAUACGUCAUCUUCUGCAACUCUCCAUUGGCGACGGUAGCCGAACUCGCGUUGAAAAGGACCUUAGAGGUUUUAUUUCUGCCUAUAUUCUCAAGGACGGACCGGCUAAUACGACCAUAUGCACUUAUCUCAAUCACCCGAAAAGCGACGAGGGCUACCAGAAAAGAGUUGAAGAAGGAGUCCGGUUUAUGAAGACAUGGGACUGGGGAAAGAUUGAGAGAAAAUACCUGGCCAUAACUGAAGGUGCGGUCCGAGAUUGCCGCUACAUCGACACGCUGACGGACGUUCAUGAAGAGCAAGACACACCCUGA